AUGGCGUACCACCAUAACCCCCAAGAGCUUCCACUUCACCAUUUCACUGACCAACAACAACACCAUAACCAACCUCUCGUUGACAACUCCUUGCUCUCCGACCCUGCUUCCAAACCUGCCUCCGAUCCUCAUCAACCCGCGCCAAAUUGGCUCAACAACGCCCUUCUCCGCACGCACUACACUGACAACAACAACAACAACAACAACAACGUUAACGCUGCUAACAACAACACCAACAACGGCACCAACUUCCUCAAUCUUCACACUUCCACUUCCGACUCCGGCCAAUGGCUUGCUCGCCCGAUCCUCAACCGCAACCACAGCGAGGUCAUCGACGACGUGACCGGCGCCGGCGACUCCAACAUGGCGGCCGCCGAAUCCGGCGAUUUGAAGGGUGAUGCGGCGGCGGUGGAGGGAGGAAGCGACGGGCUUAUGAACUGGCAGAAUGCGAGGCUGAAGGCGGAGAUUCUAGCGCAUCCUCUGUACGAACAGCUUCUGUCGGCACACGUGGCGUGCUUGCGGAUCGCCACGCCGGUCGACCAGUUGCCAAGGAUCGACGCUCAGCUCACACAGUCCCAGAAUGUGGUCGCCAAGUACUCUGCCUUCGGACAAGCCAUCGUUGGCGACGAUAAAGAACUCGAUCAGUUCUUGUCCCACUAUGUUCUGUUGCUCUGUUCUUUCAAAGAACAACUUCAACAGCAUGUCCGGGUCCAUGCAAUGGAAGCAGUCAUGGCUUGUUGGGAGAUUGAGCAAUCCUUACAAAGUUUAACAGGAGUUUCACCCGGGGAAGGUACGGGAGCGACAAUGUCUGAUGAGGAAGAUGAACAAGUAGAUAGUGAUGCCAAUCUGUUUGAUGGUGCUUUGGAUGGUCCUGAUAGCAUGGGAUUCGGUCCUCUUAUUCCCACAGAGAAUGAGAGGUCCCUCAUGGAACGUGUAAGACAUGAAUUAAAGCACGAAUUGAAACAGGGUUAUAAAGAGAAAAUUGUGGACAUAAGAGAGGAAAUUUUACGCAAGAGACGAGCUGGGAAACUUCCUGGUGACACGACCUCUGUCCUUAAAGCUUGGUGGCAAUCACAUUCCAAGUGGCCUUACCCCACAGAGGAGGAUAAGGCACGGUUGGUGCAGGAAACGGGUUUGCAGCUAAAGCAGAUCAAUAAUUGGUUUAUCAAUCAAAGGAAGAGGAACUGGCAUAGCAACCCCUCAACUUCUACUGCCUUGAAGAGCAAGCGCAAAAGGUCAUAGUGGUGCUGAUCAUCACAUGUAAAUGGAGGAAAACUCAAGAACCAAUCCCUGACUCUGUACUCUGUUAGUUUGUCUCUGCGGUCAAUCAUGGUGCAUGGCAAGGGAUUCAAGUAAAGCCAAUCAUAAAAAAAAAGGUUCACAUUUAGCUUCCGCUCAUGGAACGGGCCUAACACAGAUGUGGAGGAUCAAAAGCCUGCAGUACGGUGAUGCAUCAAAAUUAGGGAGUUCAAUUAGGAAUUACACCGCUAUCAAAAUGGGUAACUCCAUGGGAGCAUGAUUUUUAGUGAUAUAUAUAUAUAUAUAUACAUUAAUGUUUGUGAAAUAUAUAUAAUAGUGAGGGGUUGUGGGUGUAUAGUAAUAAUCAGAGCAUUUUUCCUUCAAUAAUGCUAAAUUUGUUUUUGUUAUUCUUAAAAUGGUUAUUUACAUGGAGCUUGGAUUUUUUGUUUUCUUAAAAUAUUCUUCCAAUA